AUGGGUGAUCUGGUAGUUCCCACAAAGAAGCGUUACGCCCUAGUUGGCACCGGCGGAAGAGCCGGUCUCUUCUACACCAGCAUUGCCAAAGACUUCGGCGAAACUAGCACCUUAGUCGCCAUCUGUGAUACAAACCAAACUCGGCUGAAUUAUGCGAAGUCCAAGAUCGAAACUCUUACCAGUGGUCAGAUCCCUACUUAUCUCGCCAAGGACUUUGACGCUAUGAUCAAAGAAACCAAGCCAGAUGAAGUUAUAGUCACCACGAUUGACCGCACGCACCAUACCUACAUCGUGCGCGCCUUGGAACUUGGCUGCGAUGUCAUUACCGAAAAGCCAAUGACCAUCGAUGUUCCACAGUGUAAGGAAAUAUUCUCGGCUGUGGAACGUACCAACCAAAGAGUCAGAGUUACCUUCAACUACCGAUACGCGCCACACAACACGAAGAUCUUUGAGCUUAUCCGAUCUGGUGCAAUCGGCACCGUUACAAGUAUCCAUUUUGAAUGGAUGCUCAACACUUCCCAUGGAGCAGACUACUUCCGACGCUGGCAUCGUGAUGCGCGCAAUAGCGGCGGUCUCCUGGUUCAUAAAUCAACCCACCACUUUGAUUUGAUCAACUUCUGGCUUCAAUCUAGACCAAAGACUGUGUAUGCGCAGGGAGAUCUCAAGUUCUACGGCAAAAAGAACGCCGAGGAGCGCGGUGUCACCAACUUCUACUCCAGGGCCCAUGGUAGUGAAGCUGCCAAAGAUGAUCUCUUUGCUCUUCACUUAGACCAGAAUACACAACUAAGGUCUCUUUACCUUGACGCCGAGCAUGAAGACGGAUACUACCGUGACCAGAGCGUUUUUGGUGAUGGAAUCAGCAUUGAGGAUACGAUGAAUGUGCUCGUCCGAUACGACGAUGAUACUGUUUUGACCUAUUCACUCACUGCGUACGCCCCGUGGGAAGGCUUUCGCGUCAGCUUCAAUGGAACCGGUGGAAGAUUGGAAGCCGAAAUUGUGGAAAGCAGCUAUGUCAAUUCUGGCGGGGAGCAAUCCCUGGAAGGCGCAGCUGAGAAUAUCACACUCAUGCUCCGACCUCUGUUCCAGGAGCCGCAAAAGAUCGAGGUCGUGCAAGCAGCAGGAGGACAUGGAGGUGGUGACAAUGUGAUGCUUCGCGAUCUGUUUGGAGAGGUGGAACCGGAUGAGCACAUGCGAGCUGCUAGUCAUAUCGAUGGAGCUGCUUCCAUCCUGACUGGUGUCGCUGCAAAUCGCUCUAUUCGUACUGGUCAAGUGGUUACUGUCAGCGAUAUCUUGAGCCUUCCAUAG